AUGGCUGGGACUUGGCUGCUGCUUCUCCUAGCCCUUGGGUGUCCAGCCCUGCCCACAGAGGCGACCACUCUCCUGAAGCUGGCACAACAAGGUGUGAGCGGCACACCCUUCCCCUCUCUGGCCCCUCCAAUCACCCUGCUAGUGGACGGGAAACAGCAGAUGCUGGUGGUCUGCCUGGUCCUCGACGUCGCACCCCCGGGCCUUGAGAGCCCCAUCUGGUUCUCAGCUGGCAAUGGCAGUGCACUGGAUGCCUUCACCUAUGGCCCUUCCCCAGCAGCGGACGGCACCUGGGUUAGCUUGGCCCAGCUAUCCCUGCCCUCUGAGGAGCUGGCAGCCUGGGAGACCUUGGUCUGCAACACUGGGCCUGGGGCUGGGGACCACAGCCAGAGCACACAGCCCCUACGAUUAUCAGGAGAGACUUCCUCAGCCAGGACCUGCGGCUGGGAGCCCCUCAGGGGGAUGCCGGGCCAAGCGCUGCGGCUGGGGGCGCUGCGGCUGCUGCUCUUCAAGCUGCUGCUGUUUGACGUGCUACUGACCUGCAGCCACCUCCGCGACCUGCAUACCGCGCGAGGGGACCCGGCCCGGGCCCCUGGCCCCCGGGACCCCGGGUUCCUUGCGCCCCCUACGGUCCCGAAGCCUCUGCGGGUAGGAGAGCCCUCCGCCCCCGGCGACUGGAGUCCCCACAGUGAGAUGGGCACCACAGGCCCAGGGCAAACCCGGUCCGCCCCGCAGGCGCUGCAGCCCCUGGCCCGCCGCGGGGUGCACACCCGCCGUCAGGGGCCGGAUCCCAGGAGCCCAGUCUGA